AUGACUGUGAGGGAAAUGAUGCGCCACGUGGUGUGUUUACUGGUUCUUAUGGUGUGCUGCGCCUAUGGAGGCGUGUCAGCUGAUCAACCUUCCACUGAACUUGGUCGGUCUGUUGUUGAAGCAGCUCCACGUGUUCUUGAACAGUCUGACUUCUAUCCAGGUAUGAGUGGACAUGCUGAUGGAGUUAGCUCUGGUAAACCUGCCGUUGGUUUUAACCCAGGCCAACCAGGUGUUGUUAAUAGACCCGAGACUAAAAGUUUACCAUCUGAUUCUCAUCACAAUCCUGCAUUUCCUCUUACUACUUGCCCCCAGAUUGGUAAUAACAAAGGUCAAGUGUUUGGUGGAAUCCCUGGUGCUAACGGUGUUUCCUGUGAUCCUGGUGUUCCUGGCAGUGUUGGUGCUGUUGCUGGUCCUCCUGGUGGUAUUUCCGGCGGUCAAAGUACUUCUGCUGGAGCAGUUCUUGGAACCACUGGAGUUUCUUCUGAAAAUCUUAAAGAACAUACUGCUCCUGGUGUUUUUGCUGACCCCAAAUUUGCUGCCAAUCGUCAAGUAACUCUUCGCUCGAAAUUUGAUAAUUUUAGUCAACCACCGAAAGUUAAUGUGAAACCAGGCGACUACAUUAUCAGAUAUUACCCUGAAGCUCCUACCGCUACUAAAAACACUUCUGGGAAACCGGAGCCCAAAACUGUUCCCGUUCUUGAUGUUGAUCCCAAGCUUGGCGACUCUCUUAAUUUGACUCUUCAGUCUCAGCCUGAUGGUGGUGUUGCUUCUCAGAGAAAAGUUAAAGGGAAACCAAGUCUUGGUGCUGGGCUUAAACCCGGUGUUGGUCUUAAUACUGCUAAUGCUGGCGAUGCUCCUGGUAUUACUCCAGCUGAACAACCUAAACAAUUCAAUCCUAAGUUUCCAGGUGUGCCUGAAGCUAUUCUUAAUGUUGGUGGUGCUCCUACUAUCGCUCGUAAUCGUGGUUCCGGUCCCAUACCUCCUCCUACUCCUGAAGUUUCCCAGCGUAAUGAAGAUGUGUCUGGCCCUACGAACACACAUCAUGAAGAGAAUAAUAAUCAGGCAGAGAAUAUUGAAGCACCUGCACAGAGUGAAUCAACGAAGGUCACUUCUAAUGCACCAACUAAGGUGACAUCACCCGCAAUGCCAACAAUACUGCAACCUCCUACGCCUGCAAAGAGCGAGACCAAACCACCCAAGAAGCGUAAGGCAGACAGCAGCAGCAGUAUGAGUUCUGUGUGGGUACGUGUACCACUACUGAUUGUGGUUACACUGGCCUGUAUUCUUGUGUGCUGA